UUCCAACCUGCCGCGAUCCACAUGACCCCCGCACACCGCGCCGCGCAGACAAGCCAAACAUCCUCUGCAUCUUGCCCUCUUGCGCGCGUAUAUAUGUAAGCGUGCUCGCUCGUCGCGCUCUGGAGGGAGCUGGCCGGCUCCUGCUCGAUCGCGUGCGCCAGCCAUGGUCAUGCAAGGCCUCCCCGUUCCCACGAUGGAGUCGGAGCUGCGGGCGCUCGCGUGGGCGGCGCUGCUCACCCCGGCGUGCGCGGCGUACGCGCGGUUCGCCGCCCGCCGCCUCCGCCCUGGCCUGCCGCGCCUGGCCGCGCUCUUCCCGACGUUCCCGGUGUUCGCGUACCUGCCGUGCACAUUCGCCUCCCUCCACCUGCGCCUCUUCUCCACCUUCUUCCACACCUGGCUCGCCAUCAACAAGCUCGUGCUCCUCGCGCUCGACCGCGGCCCGCUCCACCCCGGCCUCCCGCUGCUGCCCUUCGUCCUCUGCGCCGGCCUCCCCAUCAAGGUCCAUCUCGUGCAGAGCCGGCAGACCGCUAGCAAGCAGCAGCCGCCACCGCCGCCGCCGCCCGUCGCCGAGUUCCUCAGGCCCUGCGCCCGCAGCGCCCUGCUCCUCGGCUUCCUCGCCGCGGCGUACCCCUACACGAGGUGGCUCCCGCUCUACGCGCUCCACUACCUCUACUGCAUCCAGAUCUUCCUCACGCUCGACCUCGUGCUCUCCUCCGUCGCGCUCGCCUCCGCGGCGGUGCUGGGCGCCAGCAUGGAGCGCCACUUCAGCGCGCCGCUCGCCGUCACGUCGCUCAACGACUUCUGGGGCCGGCAGUGGAACCUGAUGGCCGUGGACCUCCUCCGCGCGUCGGCGUACGAGCCCGUGCGCGCGCGCUGGGGCCGGGACGCCGGCGUGCUGGCCGCGUUCCUCAUGUCGGGCCUGCUCCACGAGCUCCUCUACUGGUACAUGACGCUGCGGCGGCCCACGGGCGAGAUGCUGCUCUUCUUCAUGUUCCAGGCCGCGUCCCAGAUCGCCGAGCGGUGGGCCAGAGCGGCCGGGCUGUGGCGGCCGCCCAAGGCGGCGGCGUACCUCCUCGUCACCGUGUUCAUGGUGGUCACCGUUUCGGAGAUGUUCUUCGGGCCGUUCGUGAGAGCCGGCACGGACGUGCGCCUCACGGAGGAAACCACGGCGCUGGUGGCCAUGGUUUGGAGCGCCGCGAAGCAUCUGAUCCGUCCAUCUGGGGUAGCUUCAAGCUAGAGGCUGGUAGGCAGGCGAAUCGAUUUAUGGGCAACUUAGUGAUUAAAAAUACUGUAUCGUUGUGUACACGGUAUAAUAAGGAAAUUAAGUGAUUCAUGGCCUACUUUUUACUAAUAUGACACAGAUUAAGUGAUUCUUGCGAGUAUGCGAUGUUACCCAGUGGUUAAAUACUUGCCGGAAAUUUGGCAAGUUCGUUGGGUCGGAAAUUUGGCAAACUAUCCCACGCGUAUAUAAAAAUGGUUCGCAUCCAAAAGGUCAUUAAGGUUAUGAUUGGUUAGUUGCACUAGUUUCUAGCAGGCUAGUUCUAACUCAGACCAAUCAUAACCAGACUAAAUCAAUGCAAGGUGCUCAUAUUUGACUGGGUGGCUUAAAAUAGCCAAGUAUAUCAUUUUUUCCACUGGCCAUGCUCAUAGUGGGGAACGGAACUCAUUUGUGUUUCCCACUGGCCAGACUUGCAUAUCUUUUUUGUUACCACGGCCACGCUAAAGGCUUGUGCAGGCAUCCAAUCAAAAGUGGAUUGCAUUCUAUAAGCCUGGACAACAGCUUGUGCAGGCAACCAAUCACAACCUAAAGAGACAAGACUGGUACGGUAUGGGUUACCUAUUUUCCGACGAUCUCUUCUAACUCGGUGGGAGGUGGGCGGAGCGGUCGGCGGCGGGGUCGCCGCCGGCUGCGGGGAGGCGGUUAGACCCGCGGGGGCGAAGGAUGGGUUCGGGUUAGGGUUACGGUUUCUGGGUUUGGGAGAUUCUACGGAUGGCGGGUCUAGAGGUUGGUCGCGGCGGCAAGUCUGGCGGUGGCGGCGGGUCGAGGGCGGCGAGUUUGACGGCAAUGGCGCCGCCAGGCGGGCGGUGGAAGAGGUCGGUUGGGCAGCACUGUUGGUGGAGGUGCCGGAGCUAGAAGGGACGGCGGAGGAGGCAUAAAGGAUGGGGGUGUGGGGAACGAGAGGAGGGGGAGGGGAAGGGGAAGUGGGAGAGGGAGAGAAGGUUGGUCCUCGCCGGUGUUUGUUGGUGUUUUUAUCACCAGCCUACUUAGGGAUACUCUAAGGUAGAAGAUUAUUUGGUGAGAGAUUACCGGAUCUGGAACUUAAAGGUAAAAGUAAAGACACGAAAUACAGAUUUAGAUACGUUCGGACCGCCAGAGUAGCUUAAUGCCCUACAUCCUAUUUAGGGAUAUUGUAUAUUGCGUCUUGCGCUUGGUAUUGAGUUGCCGGUUGGCUGCUCUGCCGAUCUAGGUAUGCCUGCCGUCCUUUAUAUAUCCCGGGGGGCGGAUUACUAGUCGGUUACAAGGUAGGAGUCCUAGUAGAAUUAUUGGGUAGAGUCCUAGUAGGAUCACAGAGGAAUACUAGGAGUCCGAUUUUAUUUUUCCCUACAGGUAGCUUCCUUGCGGGUAUCUGGGGAUCUAUCCCUAACAAACUCCUGAGCUCUUUGUAGCCAAGUAGUGCAGGCUUCCGAGUACUUCUGGGGUCAUCUUCGAGUUCUUGUGAACUUCGUCUAAAAUGUAUCUUCCUGAGUACUUUCCUGGUUAUUUCGAGGCUGUGAGGUGCUCUUGCCCGAGUGAUGUCAAGUCUUCAAAAAUUAUCUUCUGCAUGGGGUGCGAUGAAAAUCGCACUCCAUAUAGAGUAGCCUCCGAGUCUUAGGUUGAAUCGAAGAAUUAGGCUGAGGGUCCGAUUAGUCUUAAAUCUUCUUUCAUUUGUCUUCCAAAUAGAUUUGAAAAACAAAUCACUAAUGACAUGUAUCAUGCAACCACCGAUCCUUGAAUCCAAAUCCCCAAAUUUGGAAAAAGGAUCCAAAAGAACGUGGCACGUGUUGUAGAAUUUUGUAGAAUCUAAAUUGAUGGUUUAAAUACCGCUCAAAACAGAUCUUAUCCCAAAAAACUCUUAGGCAGCCGCUGGCUUUUUAACCACGCAGUAAGUUAGGGUUACCUUUUUCACCUUCAUGCUUCACAUGAGUCAGCAUCCGAGUAGUUUUGCAGCAUCCAGCCCCCCCCAAUACAAGCUAGGCGAGCGAUAGAAGCCACAUCAAGUAGUUAUUGGUGUCUAGCCCCCGAGCUUGGAAGCUAGCGAUGCUGUGAUGGCGUGCCGAGCAGUCUGGAGAGUUGUCGUUUGAAAAAAGACAAUACAAACAUUACGUAGCAUAAUGUUUGGUAUUGAAUAUACCAAAAUUUAUUCGAUAUAAAAAUAAAUUUGCUAUGUCGAUCUCUUAUUUAGGCCAUGUAAAUCUUUCAAGUAGUCUGCAUGUUACGUUUAAGCAUCUGGUUCUAUUUUAGCCGUUGCUCAUAGCGUGUAUGAGAUAUUUGUUCCGUGUACGCGUAUAGGAACAGGAUUAAGGCAUGUGCUACCCGAGAAGAUUAGCGAGCAUUAAGAGAAAACACCAUGCAGAAAUAAGAAGUCGGUAUUGCGAUAAAGAAAAUGCUCGUUGGUAUAAAGUAGUCGACGAGAGCGCGUGUUGCAGCGCGCAUGUCCAUAGGGUAGCCGCUGUGAGCCCGACACAACUCAGUGUACCAAGCGCGUAGGCGGUGCCCUAUGAACUCGAUCUACUAAGCGUGUGGUCUGUUAGUCAGUAAACCCUAGAUGUAGUCGAUCAUGGUGUAAGCCCCCGAGGUUAAUUCCCGUCGAGAGGUGUACCCAAACUAGUAGCCAAUUCUGUGAAGAAUAGGUCGGAAAAAGUAUAAGUGAUUUAGAUUAAUUCGUGGGCGAUUGUUGAUGAAGCCGUGGCGGUCUUCGAUGAAGCCGCGAGGGUCGUUGAUGAAGCCCGACUAGUCGGAAUCGAUUCCGACUAAUUAUUAAUAGUAUGAAGCUCGUUCCCGACUAGUUUUCUAGUCGAAACGAGUAAUCGAAAUAAUCGUCGGCGGUUCGCCGAGCGUUCUGGCGAAGUCGAAGUAGUCGUCAGCGGGUCGCCGAGCGUCCUCGCGAAGUUGAAGUAGUUUGAAGAUGAGGUCUUUCAAGCUCGCCCAAUAAUCUCAUCGUUUUGCCCCACGGUGGGCGCCAACUGUCGGCAUUUUUACCGCCAGCCUAUCUAGGAAUACCGUAAGAUAGGAGAUUAUUUAGUGAGGGAUCCUGUUUAGGGAUAUUGUAUAUUGCGUCCUGCGCUUAGGUACUGAGUUGCCUGUUGGCUGCUCUGCCGAUCUAGGUAUUCCUGCUCUCCUUUAUAUAUCACAGGGGCGGGUUACUAGUCGGUUACAAGGUAGUCGGUUAUAAGGUAGGAGUUCUAGUAGAAUUAUAGGGUAGAGUUUUAGUAGGAUCACAGAAGAAUUCUAGUUGGAAUCCGACUUUAUUUUUCCUAUAGGUAGCUUCCUUACGGGUAUCUAAGGAUCUAUCCCUAACAGUGUCGGAGGAUGGCGGUUAGGGAGGAGGCCGGGCGAGCACACAGCAAGCAACGAAGGCGAGAUCGUUGUGAUGGAUUUUUUUUUUACAGUGUGGGGGUUGGGGCUGGAAGAGGAGGAGGCCUCUCCCAAUAAGGAUAGGUGGAGAGGCCCCUCAGCCUAGUCACCUCCUAUCGGAUUUAUCUAGUUGUUGAAGAUAGUCUAACAAGCUCUGCUGCUCUUGUAUUUGGCCGACUAAUCUUGCAACCAUGGUGCAUAUGCCUCAAUAUUGAAAGUAAAAUAAAUAAGCAGGCUAGCCUGUAUAUGGUCCAGUGCAAGUGGGCUGACUGUAUCAUGUUCCUAAUUUUUUAGACCUCUACACUGAACUUUUAACACCGUGUCUCACGAAUAGCCAACCCCAUAACUGCCAAUUCCAUUGUCGACGUGGCAUAUAACCAUCCCAUAUGUAUGUGCCGAAUACUCCCUUCGUACCCUAAAGAAUGCAACUUUCACUUUUCGAGGAGUCAAACGAUUUCAAAUUUAACCAAAUUAAUCUAAUGAUACUUAUUUUUAACAUAAAUAUUGAUACUAUUUUGUGCUGCCGACGCCUGACGCCGCGCCAUCGCCGACGCCGAGCAUUCGAGAAACGCCAGGACCGCAGGCCGACGGACGUACGUAGCAGUGCAGGACUGCAGCGCAGGUAUGCGUGGUUGGAGGGGGUUUAGGCUGGAAAUCUGGACUCAGAUGUUUGGGUUUCAAUUCCAAUUCUAUUCACCCUGCAGCAUUGCCAAGGUUCUGUCUCGAUCGCUAGCAAUUUUCUCCUUAUUGGUUACUUUCAAUCCUUCAUCAGUCACCAGCAUU